AAUUAUUAAGAGAGCUGAAUUGAAGUAGAGAUUAAUAAGUGGAGCCGUAAGCAUUAACACUCAUAUAAAAAAGAAAAGGAAAUGAGUUAAUGAAGAAGAAGAAGGAGAAGCUAGCAAAGGAGGGUACGUACAGGGUUUUUGGAUGCGAGCAAAUAAGCAAUUGCCAUGAAGGUUCCUUAAGAAAUGAAUGUAAUGUAGCUAUCAAAAAUCCUUUUUUUUUUUUUUUUUUGCCUUUCUUCUUUUAAGAGGGGAGGAGUGUGUGUAAAGGACGCGCUUAAAAAGAUAGAAAGAAUAGCAGUGAGUAAUGACAGCAUAUUUUGCGUUUUGUGGCUAUUGGGUCACAAUCAAUUUUCCUGCUCAUCACUGCCAAACCUGUCCUAUUAUAGCAAAACAAAACACUUUCUUGUCCUGUUUAACUUAUUAUCUCAGGAGAGAGAGACUGCCACUCCUACUGCUACUGUUACUACUGCUACUACUACUAGUAGUGGGGAUUUUCUUAGCCAAUGAGGCUACUUGACUAUCUCUCUCUCUCUCUCCUUCUCUCACUCAAUUUAUUCCAGUCCCUUUUUCUAACUUUAUCUACAGUGUUAACUUGAGUUGCUUGCUCUUUUCCUGGAAAGAAAAUCUGAUGAUCUGAUCUUCUCUUUAAGCAUAUUUCAGAAAUCAUCCACCAAUAACUGCAGUCUUUUCAAGAUUUCUUGCAGACUGCUAAGCCACUCUCUUCCUUUAGAGAGAAUCUUUUGUUAUUUCCCUUCAGGAUUUUUAUUUCUCUUCUUUAACACCAUCAAUUUCAAAAGCUCCCCCCCUCUUUGAAUGAUAUGCCAUGCAAAUUCUUCCUCGCUGAUCCCUUUUUUGGCUAUUUUUGUGUUUCAUUACAUAUCAAAUCCUCAAGACAGAAAUACCCAUUGCUUUUACAGUGGCAAAGAGUAUAACUACAAAGGUUUCGCUCUUUUCCGUUCGAGGAGAAUACAGUAUUAUCCCUGCUCCCUAACUGGAAAUCACGAAACUGCCUCUGUGUUAUCUCUACUUUCUUCUUCUCUUUCUUUACUAGGGUUCUUGAUUGAUUCAUCUUCUCUUACAAAUCAAGAAACAAAGGGAGAAAAGAAAAACUGUUUGCUAAGAAGAAGAGCAUCACAAGAAGCAGAACAACCUUAGAGCAAGAUCAUUUUUUUGAGCAAGAUCCUGAUAAAAGAAAGAAAGAAAACCCUAAUCCCAGCACUUUUCUUUUUGUCAUAUUUAUUUUACAUGGAUUUAGCUUCCUCUUCAGCAAACCCCACUUUUUCAAGCCCAAUAAUGGGUGGAGGUACAAUCACCACCAACACCGCCACCAACGCCAUCACCUCACCAACAACCACCACAUCUCCAGCUUCAACUCCAAGCAGGUAUGAGAACCAGAAGAGAAGGGACUGGAACACUUUCUGCCAAUAUCUAAGGAAUCACAGGCCACCUCUUUCACUCCCCAUGUGCAGUGGUGCUCAUGUUCUUGAAUUCCUUAGGUAUCUUGAUCAAUUUGGCAAGACCAAAGUUCAUAACCAAACUUGUCCAUUCUUCGGGAUCCCUAAUCCACCAGCACCCUGUCCGUGUCCUCUUCGCCAAGCAUGGGGCAGCCUUGAUGCACUCAUUGGACGACUCAGAGCAGCUUAUGAAGAACAUGGAGGCAGACCUGAAGGGAACCCGUUUGGUGCAAGAGCUGUAAGGAUAUAUUUAAGGGAAGUCAGAGAUUUUCAAGCAAAAGCAAGAGGUGUUAGUUAUGAAAAGAAAAGAAAAAGGCCUAAACCAAAGACAACAUCAACACCAGUGCCACCAGCAGCACCACCACCUCCUGAUUCAGUUGCAGGCUAGAAAAGAAAGAGUUAAAUCAAUAUAGACAUGGAAGAAGAUUUGCAUUGGAGAAGCAAUAUAUAUAAUAUAAGUUUGUGGGCUCAUCUCAUUUCAGCAGCUAGCAGCUUUAUCCAUAUGGCAUACGCUUAGAUUUGUGGGUACCAUUGGAACUACUAUUUAAGGGACAAGCGGCCUGGUAAUGAGCUAGUACCAAAUUCGUGGAUAUCAUUUGCACCUGACUCAAUUGCUUGAGCUUUGUUUUCUCUUCAUUUAUUUGGCACGCUGCUUGACCCUCAAGUUGAUUCUUUGCUGAUAGACACUAAGGAAUUUAAAAAUCAGAUAUACAGUAACAGCAUAUAGCAAGAGUUUAUAUAUAUGUGUGUGUGUGAUGGUUUCGAUUCAGGCUAGGCUGAGAUUCCAAUCCACAAACACUGUAAAAUACUAAGAGCAAGGGUCAGAGGAGCCAACAGACUUUAUGUUCAAUAGGCUUUUCGAUGUCAAGUUAGUGAUCUGAACUCAAAUUAACAACAUAACUGUUUACUCAAUGAAAAGUAUCUUUUCCAAAUGUGAGAUUGAGAAGUUUAUACAUGUCCGUCGAGAGUGAUAAUUAAGAAAGAGAAAUAUAUAUUCUCUUUUAUUUUUUUCUUUUUUCCUGGCGUAGCUGUAUCCGCAAUUCUAUUGUAAGUGUCUAGUAGAUUAGAAAUGUGUAUCUAGUCUAGAUUCUAGUAACGUGAUAUCAAAAAUUUUUCAUUAUCAUUAGAAUUCCUUUGGCCUAAGAUCGGUACCGAGACUACAUAUUAUGUCUUGGAGUGCUUAUCCAAGAGUAAAAGUUUUUAAUAAAUCUUUUAUUUCG